AUGCUCCAAUCGGGCGCUGCGCAGCGGCUCAUCCUGGUCGGUGGAAAGGGUGGCGUCGGCAAGACGUCGAGCUCGAGCGCCAUCGCAGUGCGGCUCGCCGACACGGGCCUCUCCACGCUCAUCGUCUCGACCGACCCGGCGCACUCUCUCUCGGAUGCGCUGAUGCAGGACGUGUCUGGCGGCUCGCCCGUCGGCGUGGCCGGGUGCGAGAACCUGCAGGCGAUGGAGGUCGAGACGGCCGACGCGGUCGACCGCUUCCGCGCCGCAGUCAGCGGCUUCCGCGCUGCCGACCUCGGGCUGGGCGGACUCGCAGAAGAGGUGCUCGGCCAGCUCGGUCUCGACGAGUUUGCCGACAUCCUCGACAACGUGCCGCCCGGCCUCGACGAGCUGCUUGCCCUCGCUGAGACGCUGGCGGUCGUGCGCGGCGCCGAGCCAGACAGCGACGGCGCAGCCUCGCUCACAGGCUUUGAGCGCGUCGUCUUCGACACGGCGCCCACCGGCCACACGCUGCGGCUGCUCGCCUUUCCAGAGUUCCUCGACAGCCUUCUCGGCAAGGUCGUGGCGCUCAAGGCGCGCCUCCUCGCCGCCAUCGGCUUGCUCAAGGGCGUGCUGGGAGGCAACGACCCCACCGACAAGAUCGAGGCCGCCGUCGCGCGCCUCCAGCGCUGGCGAGACCGCGUCGCCUCGCUGCGCGAGCUGCUCACCGACGAAGACGUGACCGACUUCGUCGUCGUCGGCAUCCCGUCGCGCCUCGCCGUCGCUGAGUGCGCGCGGCUGCUGUCUGCCCUCGCCGACCAAGGCGUGCCGGUCUCGCACUUGAUCGUCAACCAGGGGCGCGAGCUCAAGCGGCUGGACGGCUCUUCCCCGCUCGGCGAGCUCGCGCUUUCGCGGCUGCCCUUCUUCGACCUCGAGAUGCGGGGCGUCUUCCCGCUGCAGUACGUCGCCUCGCAGGCCUUCCGCGGCACAAACGCCGACGCAUGGGAGGACUUGCUGGCCGACCAAAAGGACCGGUUCGUCCUCGUCGGCGGCAAGGGCGGCGUCGGCAAGACCACGACCUCGGCUUCGCUGGCGGUGCAGUUCGCGACGGACGGCCACUCGACGCUGCUCGUCUCGACGGACCCCGCGCACUCUCUCGGCGAUGCGCUCGAGACGGACCUCUCGUCGGGCGAGGUUGUGCGCGUGGAGGGCGUGGCGGGCGCGUCGCUGUACGCGUGCGAGGUCAAGGUGGACGACGCCGUCGCCGAGUUCAAGCGGCUGGUGGGCGGCGUCUCAUCAGACGAGGGAGGCGCCGCCUCGGCACAGGGUCUCGGCCUCUCCGACUUCGCGGACAUCUUCGACGCGGUGCCGCCCGGUGUCGACGAGCUCAUCGCCCUCUCAAAGAUUGUCGCCCUCGCGCAGCGAGACGCCUACGGCAUCCACUUCGACCGCGUCGUCAUCGACACGGCGCCGACCGGCCACACGCUGCGGCUGCUCACCUUCCCCGACUUCCUCGACCGCUUCAUCACCCGCCUCCUCGUCCUCCGCUCGCGCUUCGACGGCGCCGCCAACAUGCUGGGCGGUGCGCAGCAGUUGCUGGGCAAGCUCAAGGAGUUCCAGGCCCAGAUGCAGGCGCUGCAGGCGCUGCUGCACGACCCGGAGACGACCGAGUUUUGUAUCGUCACCAUCGCGACGGCCCUCUCGCUCAACGAGGCGGAGCGGCUGCUGCUCGAGCUGAGGCGGGAGGGGAUCGCGGUGCGGCGCGGCGUCGUCAACCGGCUCAUCGCGACCGACGUGGCGGACGGGUACGUCGCGAGGCUCGCCAACGGGCAGCGGCAGUGCCUCGCCGAGCUCGACGACCUCGCGGCCCGCUGCGCGGUCGACGUCACGCAGGUGCCGUACUUCGACACGGAGCUGCGCUCCGUCUACGGCCUGCGCGCGAUGGGCAACGCGCUCUUUGACGCGCCGCCGCCCUCCAGCAGCUGA